UUUCACUUCUGUAAACCAGUGAGAUCAACUCCUCGGAGUUCAACAAUUUGAGAGAGAGUUAGCUUAUGGCGACAGUAACUACCAUCAAAUUCUGGUCGGGAUUUCUUCCGACUCAACCGGUUGUUGGCUCGAGAAGUUGUUUCUUCAAAACCAGUUCCAUCUUGAAACGCAGUUUUGUUGCGAAAGUUCGUGCUUCUUCAACAGCCUUCGUUGAAACUAAACCAUCGGAACCAAUUGUUGUUGAAAACGAAGUUAACACGAACAAGACAAUAUUAGCUUGCCCCAUAUGUUAUGAGCCCGUGAUGUGGAUUGGAGAUUCGUAUUUGUCUGUGGGAUCUAUACCUCGUUCUAGUUUGCAAUGUAAUAAUUGUAAGAAGACUUACAGCGGGAAAGAAACACAUUUUGAUUUAACAGCAGCUAGUGGGGCCAAAGGUUAUGGUGAAUCCAUGCCUUUAGCAACUGAAUUUUUCAGGACUCCUUUAGUAUCAUUUCUCUAUGAGAGGGGUUGGCGUCAAAAUUUUAUAUGGGGUGGUUUUCCAGGCCCAGAGAAGGAGUUUGAAUUGAUGAAAGAUUACCUAAAGCCUGUUUUAGGUGGAAAUAUCAUUGAUGCUAGUUGUGGUAGUGGAAUGUUCUCGAGACUUUUUGCUAAGAGUGGAUUGUUUUCUCUUGUUGUUGCUUUGGACUACUCGGAGAACAUGCUGCAGCAAUGUUUUGAGUUCAUCAAGAAGGAAGAGAACUUUCCUGAAGAGAACUAUGUCUUGGUUAGAGCUGAUAUAUCUAGACUUCCUUUUGCAUCAAGUUCGGUGGAUGCAUUGCAUGCUGGUGCUGCUAUACACUGUUGGCCUUCACCAUCAACAGCUGUAGCUGAAAUAAGUCGAGUUCUGCGACCUGGAGGAGUGUUUGUGGCUUCCACCUACAUCCUUGAUGGACCUUUUAAUUUUAUUCCAUUUGUGAGGCUUUUUCGCCAGAACAUUAUGCAAAUAUCAGGCAGCUAUGCUUUCCUAGCUGAACGUGAACUAGAAGAUCUCUGCAAAGCUUGUGGCCUGGUUGGUUUUACGUGCACAAGGAAUGGACGUUUUGUGAUGUUUACUGCUGCCAAACCCAAAUAAGCAUUUAGUGCACCAUUGGGCACUGCUCUCCGUUUGGUUCACUAAAACUCUAUUCAUCUGCAAAACUAAAAGUCAAAAUAUAUGUAUAACUGCAUGUUGUUAUGGAUGUGUUUAUCCAGUAUAUAGGAAUAUGAUGGAGAGGUCUGUAUAUAUGAAUUUCAUUAGAUGCCU